GUGUUCAUAAUAAACACAAUCCCGCACGGUCUCCGGGUCCAGGGGCCACAGCAGCCAAGAUGCCGGUCCGGAGGGGCCACGUGGCUCCGCAGAACACCUUCCUGGACACCAUCAUCAGGAAAUUCGACAGUCAAAGCCGCAAGUUCCUCAUCGCCAACGCCAGAGUGGAGAACUGCGCCAUCAUCUUCUGCAACGACGGCUUCUGCCAAAUGUGCGGCUACUCGCGCGCCGAGAUCAUGCAGAAGCCGUGCACGUGCAACUUCCUGUACGGACACGACACCAAGCGCCUGGCCAUCGCCCAGAUGGCGCAGGCGCUGCUGGGCUCGGAGGAGAGGAAGGUGGAGAUCAACCUCUAUCACAAAGACGGUCACUGCUUUCUGUGUAUGGUGGACGUGGUGCCCGUGAAGAACGAGGAUGGCCUGGUGAUCAUGUUCAUACUGAACUUUGAGGUCAUGACAGAGGAAACACUUCGAGAUCGUAAACAGGAGCUCAACCAUCGCCUGCCCACCUGGCUGGUCACCGGGCGUCCGCGAGGAUUCAAGCUGCGUCUUCCUCUGCUGCGGUCCCUGUCCAACAGUAAAGUGUCUUUGGACGACGCAGAGGCGGGUCACAUCCCCACUGCCACAGUCCUACCGCCACGCCCUGAGCAACACAGCCCUGAGGCAUUGGGCUUGGGGGAGUUCCUACCCCUUCCCCCCAUACCACCCAACCACCAAGAGCAAAUCAGUGGAAACAGAUUAGCUCUGCAGCGUUGGCCAGAAAACCGCCAGGAGGACCAGCGCACCCUACUGGGCUCUGAGCUGCCUUCACCUCCUCCUCCUCCCCCACCGCCGCCUCUUCCACACGGAGCUCGCCUCGUCGGACCCCUCACCCAGUCAUCGCCCUGUGUGGCGCCCACCCACCGGCUCAGUCUUAACCCCGACGCCUCGGGCUCCAACUGCUCUUUGUCCCACAGCCGCUCGCGGGAGAGCUUCCACAGCAUGCGGCGCGCCUCUUCUGUAGAUGAGAUCGAGGCCAUGAGGCCCGAUUGGGACCGAAAAAACCGGAGAGCAAGUAUCCGACCGAGCAGCAGCAGCACUGGUGCUGUGAACAGUAAGUCCAACAUACUGAACUCCACAUCAGACUCCGACCUCAUGCGAUACCGCACCAUUUCCAAAAUUCCUCAGAUCACCCUCAACUUUGUGGAUUUCAAACCUGAUCCACUCAUAGCUCUGCCCAGUGGCGAGAUGGACAUCAUAGCGCCCUGCAAACUCAUUGACCGGACACACAACGUCACAGAGAAGGUCACACAGGUACUGUCUCUGGGGGCAGACGUGCUGCCAGAGUACAAGCUCCAGGCUCCUCGCAUCCACAAGUGGACGGUGCUGCAUUACAGCCCCUUCAAGGCCGUGUGGGACUGGCUCAUCCUGCUGCUGGUCAUCUACACCGCCAUCCUCACGCCGUACUCCGCCGCGUUCCUCCUUAACGAGCAGGAAGAGGCAGCCAUGCAGCGUUGUGGCUACUCCUGCUCUCCCCUCAAUGUGGUGGACCUCAUAGUGGACAUCAUGUUCAUUAUCGACAUUCUCAUCAACUUCAGGACGACGUAUGUUAACUCUAACGACGAGGUGGUCAGCCACCCAGUGCGUAUCGCCGUCCACUACUUCAAAGGUUGGUUCCUCAUCGACAUGGUGGCUGCGAUUCCCUUUGACCUCCUCAUCUACCGCAACGGAGAGGAGACCACCACCCUGAUUGGUCUCCUGAAAACCGCCCGUCUCCUGCGACUGGUUCGCGUGGCCAGGAAGCUGGAUCGCUACUCGGAGUACGGAGCCGCUGUCCUCUUCCUCCUCAUGUGCACCUUCGCCCUCAUCGCUCACUGGCUGGCCUGCAUCUGGUACGCCAUUGGCAACGUGGAGAAGAACGGUUCCAUCGGCUGGCUCCACACGCUGGGGGACCAGCUGGGAAAACACUACAAUGACUCCAUUCCAGGUUCAGGACCCUCCAUCAAGGACAAGUAUGUCACCGCUCUGUACUUCACCUUCAGCAGUCUGACCAGUGUGGGGUUUGGAAACGUGUCACCAAACACCAACUCUGAGAAGAUCUUCUCCAUCUGCGUCAUGCUCAUUGGAUCCCUGAUGUACGCCAGCAUCUUUGGGAACGUGUCGGCCAUCAUCCAGCGGCUGUACUCAGGGACGGCCCGCUACCACACCCAGAUGCUCAGAGUCAGGGAGUUCAUUCGGUUCCACCAGAUCCCCAACCCGCUGCGCCAGAGGCUGGAGGAGUACUUCCAGCACGCCUGGUCCUACACCAAUGGCAUUGACAUGAACGCUGUGCUGAAAGGCUUCCCUGAGUGCCUCCAAGCAGAUAUCUGCCUCCAUCUGAACCGGACCUUACUGCAGAACUGCAAGGCUUUUAAAGGCUCCACCAAGGGCUGCCUCCGGGCUCUGGCCAUGAAGUUCAAGACCACCCACGCGCCCCCAGGUGACACGCUGGUCCACGCUGGGGACGUCCUCACGGCCCUCUACUUCAUAUCCAGAGGGUCGAUCGAGAUCCUGAGAGGAGACGUGGUGGUAGCCAUUUUGGGGAAGAACGACAUCUUCGGGGAGCCCAUCAACCUGUACACGCGGCCGGGUAAGUCCAACGCCGACGUGAGGGCUCUGACCUACUGCGACCUCCAUAAGAUCCUCAGAGAAGACGUCCUGGAGGUGCUGGACAUGUACCCUGAGUUUGCAGACCACUUCUGGAACAAUCUGGAAAUCACCUUCAACCUGCGGGAUACCAACAUGAUCCCAGGCUCUCCCAGCAGCGAUGACUCCAACUGUGGGGGAUUCAACAAACUACGCAGACGGAAGCUGUCGUUCCGCCGACGCACAGAAAAGGACGAUGCAGAUGCCGGGGAAAUUAAAAAGUCGCAUAAGUGCACGAGGCGACGUCAGAGAGAAACAGCCGGCAACCAGAAGCAGGAGGCGGAGCCUAAGAGGCCGUGGGAGUCGCACCGGGGCUCGGUGUCGUCGCACUCCAGCGGUGACGAGGGGGAGGAGUCAGUGGUAACGGGCCUCAGCCCGGCUAGCGCGAUGCUGGGGAACCCACAGACUCAGGCCGCACGCGUGAGCUACAGCGAAAACACCGACGGCGACGCCGGCCCCAAGACGGGGAACACCUGCAACGCGCUCUCAGGUGCCUUCUCAGGCGUGUCCAACAUCUUCAGCUUCUGGGGGGAGAGCCGGGGGGGCGCGCAGUACCAGGAGGUCCCCAGCUGCAGCCUGGCGUCGCCGCCGCCCCUCAACGCGCCGCUGCACAGCCUGAGUCGCCAGCAGCGCAGCCAGCUGGACACACGCCUGGACCUGCUGCAGAAGCAGCUCAACAGGUUGGAGAGUCGCAUGUCCACUGACAUCGGAGCCAUCAUGCAGCUGCUGCAGAGGCAGAUGUCCCUGGUUCCUCCUGCCUACAGCGCUGUCUCUCCGCCUCAGGUCUCACCCUACCCUGGUCCUGGUCCUGGUCCAGGAGAGAGGCUAGUUCAGCCCGUAACGCCUCUGGAGACACACACACUGGCCUCUUUAUCACAGAUCUUGGUUUCCCAGGACUUUGAGGAGUUCUCAGCAAAGACUCCGGACUCUCAGCAUAAAGACUCUUCUCUGAUCAACCCCAGCGAGGGGCAGCUCAGCCCUUCUAGACUGGACAGCCUUAGGCAAAACCUACAGCUGGAGCUGGAGCUGGAGCUGGGCCUGGGAGCUGGAGCUGGAGGCGGGGCUGGAGCUGGAGGCGGGGCUGGAGCUGGAGGCGGGGCUGGGGGCAGGGCUGGGGGCGGAGCUGGAGCCGGGGUGGGUCCAGGUUUAGAGCAGGACUUGGAGAGCGGGCCGACAGCGGGCUCAAGCUUGGGGGCAGGGUUGAACUUUGGUUCAGACGCCGACCAGAGGAGGCUGUCCCUCCAAGAACCACAGACACCCCUGGACUCACGGACACCAGAGAGACACAGCUCCGACCCAGGGGGGAGCUAAGGAGGAGGGGAGGCAGGAGGAGAGUGCGAUGGAGAGAGAGGGACACAGAGAGGACAACAGCCUAUCCUACCGUCCCUCCUGGAAGCAUGGAGCCACCUCAUGUACCCACCACCAAAACCCUUUAUGGCUCUCAGCGACUGUGUUCACCGCUGACCUCAUACGCAAAGUCCCUUCUCAGAGAGCGUGAAGCAGGGUGAGGGGGAGGGGCCAACCCCCUCCACCCCUCUCCUGUCCACACACAGGAGCUCUGUGAACUCCUCAACAACACAACCUUUAACCAAAACCACCAACGGAGCGGAGAGAAGCCCGGUCCAGGUGCGUCUGGACACGUGACUACUGACCUGUAGAAGAAUCCCUUUACUGACUGACGAGGACAAGCUAAGACAACACUGGAUAGAAUAAUGUCCAAACAAGUAGCCAUUUACGUCUUGCACUGAAAAUCCUAUUGAUAUAAUAAUAAUUAUGCUAUUGUUUAUGUCCGUGGCGCUUCCGAUUCCUCAGACUGGCUGGUGAGUAGUAGUGUUAGCUGGCCUAACAGGAAACCUGUCCUGCUAAACCACCCCCCCCCCCCCCCUCCCCCCAAGAGCACACUGGAUUAGCUGGUCGGCACCUCAGGGGUGGAACCUGGACGCUUAAAAGCCAUGAAUCCUCUCGUUGAACAUAUCAGCUGCUCUGUCGUAAACAUGUACGCCAUGAUGUGAACACAGCUUUUGCAGGAGAGCAGCGGUCCCCGAAACAGCCAGUUCACAUUAUCAAUCGAGCGGGAAAUCCCAGCGUACGCAUUUCACGCGAGACGAGUUGUGGUUUUAUUUGGGGAAAACGGAGGCGAUGCCGAGGACGAGCCUGCCUUGAUCUCUAGCCCAGAAUCAACGCACGUGCAUGAAGUAAACCGUGGAGUGGUCUAGUUCUUCGUAGUUGGAUUUGCUACCUCAAAUUUCAUUGGUUGUUACUUGUUUCCUCCCAGAAUGCUUUUCCCCCUUGUACAUAGGCGUUUGUGAUGUGAUGUUACGACGACCAGCCGAAUGCGCCAUUAUUCCAUGUACAGUACAAUAUGCAAACACUGGCAACAGGAGACGUUCUUCUCACGGUCUUUGUCCGCGUCCGUCUUUUAGCAGAGCGUGGCCUGGUGUCUUCUUCACACGCAUUCUGAUCUUUGGGCAAAUUCAAUUUCUUAUUCAAAUUUAGUUUUUUUACCAAGGCAUUUUCUGAAUUACACAGCACAAAAAGCAGAAUCCUUUAACGCCGCCGUAACGUCCUGAAUUUAGAUGUAACACUAACGUUCACUGCUACCACCAGAAGACUCCACCUUGACAGUCUGAACAUCUCCUGGAUCUGUGCUACGGACGACCUGUGCUUCAUUAGACUGCUGUUACCCUCAGAACCCUGGGAACGAAGGGUGAUGGUUUCCUUGUGGCACCGUUAGCCACUGGCUGCCCCUCACCUCUCUGAGGCAUGGUUUCAGAGCAGAUCAUGGGGACCAGUUCAACCAAGUGUAUUUAUAUACAGACGUCCUAGCGUACUGUAAGGCAACUCCUACUAACAGCAGUGUAAUAAAGCACAGGCGUCUUUGCAGCUACGCUCCCUUAUAUCAGGCCACCAGCACAAAACAUCAGCUCAGACUGUGACACUACAGGUACUGUGUCCACGUGAGCAAACCCACCACUCAGAUAACACACAAACAUGACUUACACUUACAGUAAGAAUAAGAAGACAAAGCUAGCAAAGCAAAGCAGCAGCUAGGAAGCAUCUGACAGGUUGAGGGUGAGUGUAAGGAGCUACAGUACUCAUGGUGAUGGAGCACAGAGAGCUCAGGGUGGAGAUGUACAGAGGCAUUACAGGAGCAGGUGCAAUGUGUCUACAGUACAGAAAUGGAACCUGAAGCGUUCACGUCGUCUUCCCUGAUGCUGUUUCAUGCAGACAGACCACUUCUGAACAAGCACACGAGUAAAAUUUGUUUCGUCCUUUAGGCCGUCGACGUGGACUCCAAGCAGCUGAAGCACAUGUUCAUUUAAUGAAGACUCAGGAACCUGUUAUUAAUGUCACAAGGUUCAUUUUCCUUUGGCUCACACGUCAAAACCAACCAGUGAACAAACAACAACCCUCACUUCCCUUUAAUGCAAAUUUGUGAAGAUUGUAUUUUGCUGCUUGCUACUUAAUUUAUUUGGUUGUAGGAUUGUUUUGUUUGUCUGGAUUGUCGCUACUAUGAUUUGUCACACGGUGUCGGGUUAGUGAACAUGACCCGACACUGCUGUGAUCCUUUGUUCCUUGGUCUGAAGUUGACUUUUUGUAACCACUCUAUAUUUAUUCAGUGUUCAUGGCUGUGGGUGUGUGGUGGUGGGACACACUUGGCCUGUUUUCCUGACACGACCCUGCACGUGUGAAGGCGGCUUCACAAAGUGCACAGAGUAUCCAACCAAAGUGAGACAACUGAACAUAUGACCUAAAUUCACUUUGAAUUCAACACACAGAACGGUACAAAGACAUGAUUGUGAAACCGAACACAGCUGGAUCACCUGGGAUUCAUAGUGGAACCAAGAACAUUUUUACAGUGUUGCGGAUUACUGUAAAGCGGUUAAUUCUCUGGUAAGAGUGAUUCAAGCUGCUGGUGGGUCAAUCAAAUCCAAAACAUUAACGUGGAGCGAAGCCAAUGAAGCAGAUUCUUUACCAACAGGCUGUAUUUGUCCUUUUUACAGGUCCAGGCUCUUGUUCGCCUGCUGUAGCACGUCGUCUUGUUAGUGUUCAAUAACAGUCACCUAGUGGCCUGAACUGUAUCUGUACAUCCAGAACUAUGACCUCAAAACCAGAAUGUGGUUGUUGGCAACUCUUCUUCUUUGCCCCUUUGUGUGAUGCUGUAGAGUAGAGGUUUAUGUAAUGCAUACUGCAUAUUAGAAGAGCAGAGGGAGCAUUUGGAAAACAAUAAGACACACACACACACACACACACACACACACACACACACACACACACACACACACACACACACACACACACACACACACACUUAAUGGCUCUUCCAUUCUGCUGAGCUUGUUUAAGUUCUGACAGACUCGGGUCCCGCGUUUGUAGAUACCUUAAGCACUUGGGGUCGGGAGGGUUUGGUACCGGAUCGGCUCUGUCACUCUUUGCCUGUACAUAUUAACUUCCACUACUUGUAAAGGAAUCCAGCUCUGUGGCACUCAUAUAGCCAGCACUAUGCAGAAACUGAAUCAUUUCUUUGGCAUGCUUUGAAAUGCAGAAUACUAUAGAGGAAAACGUGCUUAAUAAAUUAAGUCUGCUCUAAUUUCUUAUUAAUCACCUUAUUAAAAAGAAGCAAUGGAAAAAUGAAUUUUAUGAUGAUGACGAGGUUGAGGAGAGACGAUGACGGUGAUGAUGCUAAACACUUUAAAUAUCGUGCACAUUUUUACUUGCAUGCUGCACUGAGAAUCCGAGGGUUCGACGUGUGAAGCAGCUGAUCUUCGCUGUAUGCUUGCAAACUGUGUGUAGAGUGAAACACUGAAUUCUUCCGUGUUACGGGAGAGUCCUAUUUAUAUAUACGUAUAUAUAUAUACAUACUACUUCCAGGUCAUGGAAGACAGGGGUACUGACUAGCUGCAACUAUAGUGAUCCUAGAUAAUACAAUAAUAUAUUGUAUAUUUGUAUCUUUGGUUGCAAACCACUGUAAUGAGAGAUGCACGUGUGGCAGUCCUGGACACAACUGUUUCCAAAAUAUCCGGGAGCGCUUGAUUCACCUUGUCUGGGCUGUGUAUCUACUUCUGCUCUGGAAGUUGAAUCAAGUGCACCUAAACGAUUUCCAAUCCUGCUUUUGCUCACUUGGGCAGCAAGAGGUAAGAAUGACUGUUAUCAGCACACCUGGCGCAGCGCGGGGCCACUUACAGACUGUGCGUCCUAAUAUCUAUUAGCAGUAGCAUCGAGUGCUGAGGUGUGUGGUGGCCCCGGUAAAUGCGCAGAUGUUUUGAGAAUAGGACAUUUUUUAAUAAUGUAUAUUCUAUUGCAGCCCUCAGAAGGACAGUGGGUUCACUGUAACUCAUCUCAUCCACUAACUGAGUUUCAUAAAGCUAAUAAAGCGCCUUUCAUAUCAGAUACAAUGGGAAAGUGGUGAAGCUCCAGGUUCUGAUAUAUGAUUGCAUUAUCAGUGGUUGAACUUUAUAAAAUUUCAAAAUAUUUCUUUCAAUAAACCUCUUUGAAAGCAACA